AUGAGAACAACCAAGUUAAGUUAUCAUACCUUGGUCAUCUUACUUUCAUCCCUGAUCUUAUUUAGGCUUCCACUUUCCUGUUCAUUGUCCACAGGAGAAAAUCGAACCAUUUCAGCCAACGAGACGAUCGUGUCUCCUGGAAAUGUUUUUGAGCUAGGUCUUUUUCGCUCUGCCUCUGAGCAUACUCCACAUUGGUAUUUGGGUAUAUGGUACAAGAACGAUCCUAAGAAAACACGUAUAUGGGUCGCCAACAGAUAUAAGCCUUUCUACUUAUCAGUAGGAACACUCCAAUUCUCCGACGAUGAUCUCGUUCUUUCAGAUGAGAAUAAUUCUCAUGUCUGGUCGACCACUAUUAACAGAGGAGGCGUGAGAUCUCCAAUGGUGGCACAGCUUCUUGAUAACGGAAACUUCGUGGUGAAAGACUCCAAUAACGACGAGCCGGAUGGGUUUUUGUGGCAGAGCUUCGAUUUUCCCACGGAUACAUUAGUACCGGGGAUGAAAUUGGGAAUGGAUCUAAAAACUGGAACCAAGGAAGCCCUUACAUCCUGGGAUCCUGAUAUUCCGUCAAACACUGGUUAUUCCUUCCAACUUGAAAACCAAGCAGGGCUCUAUGAGCUUUUUCUAGUGGUGCAAGAAACUUCGAAGCAUUUUUACCGGAGCGAUCUGUGGGAUGGAAUACGCUUUGGUGACAUACCGCUUGAGUUUUCACCUACCUACGUAAGCUCAGUUUGGGGGAACGUCUCCUACGUCGGUUUCGUAAUGACAGGUGGGUGUCAAAGGAAGACGCGACUGAACUGCACCGGAGAUCAGUUUUUACAGCUAAAGAAUAUGAAGUUGCCGGAUACUAGAGGUGUAACUGUGGCUGUAGGAAUUGAAAAGCAAAAUUGCGAGAUCCGUUGUCUUUCGAAUUGUGUUUGUAUCGCGUACGCUUAUGUCGGUAGAAGAAAAGGCCAGGUCGGUUGUGUCAUGUGGACCGGAACACUCGACGACUUCCAAAACUACGGUGUCGGUGGUCGAGACCUGUAUGUGAAAGUGGCUGCUAUAGAUCACGGUGAUGAUGAGUCGAAGACGAACAACAGUACAAAAAGUAAAGGUAUGGACGCGUUGAAGGUUACAUUCAUCACUAUUAUUGGACUCGUUGGAGUGGCACUAGCUACAUUCGCCACAUACUACUGUUGGAAACGGCACAAGCGAACCAUAAUAACUCAUCAUGGAUCAACUAAUACAACGGUAAUGAACGAGGUAGCAGGUCAAACCAAAUUUGACUUAAUGAGUUUUACUGAUGUUGCUGAAGCAACCAAUCAUUUCUCCGAAGCUAAUAAGCUUGGAGAAGGUGGUUUCGGUGUAGUUUACAAGGGAACAUUGCCUAACAAGACUACUGUGGCGGUGAAAAGAUUAGCUAUUACAUCGUCACAAGGAAUCAACGAAUUCAAAACCGAGGUACAAACUAUAUCGAACGUAAUACACAAAAACUUAGUGCGCUUGCAGGGGUGCUGCUUGGAGGAUCGAGAACAACUUUUAGUCUACGAAUAUUUGAAAAACUCCAGCCUCAAUUACUAUAUUUUCGAUAAAACUCAAAGCUCGUUACUUAAUUGGGAGAAAAGAUACUUCGUCAUCAAGGGUAUUGUCUGUGGGCUAUCCUAUCUCCACAAUUAUGUGACACCGGCGAUAAUUCAUAGGGACAUCAAACCGAGUAAUAUCUUACUCGGUAAAGAUAUGAUCCCAAAAAUAUCAGAUUUUGGGAUGGCCAAACUUCUUGAUUCUGGUGACACGAAAGCUACGACCAAUAGAGCAGUUGGUACACGCGGUUAUAUGUCCGAAGAGUACGCGUUACAUGGAAAAAUGUCGGAGAGAUCAGAUAUAUUUAGCUUUGGGGUCACCCUUCUUGAAAUCGUAACUGGGAAGCGGAACAUCGAGUUUUGCAACUAUUACCAUGGUGAUAGUAUGCUUGACUACGUAUGGAGGCACUUUGAUGAGGGGAACAGUUUACAGGUUGUUGAUCCGAACUUUGUAGAUUGUUCACUGGUUGAAGAGGAGGUCGUGAGAUGUAUACAAGUUGCUCUACUCUGUGUUCAACAAGAUGUAGACGACAGACCAAGCACAGAAUCCGUCGCUUUAAUGCUCGCAACCACGAUGAUGGAAAUUCCUAUACCAAAGAAGCCAAACUAUUUUUAUGCUAGAUUUCUCAGCGACAUGGCUUCCUCGUCGACGGUCAAGGAGUCUACAUCCAUAAAUCAAGUUACCUUAUCGUCCAUCAUAAGUCGGUGAUGUGAUAUAAACAAGAUAUUGAAAUAAUAUUAUUUUGUAAUGUCUGUA